AUGCCUUUCCGCGACGGGUUCUCCCACAACCCCUUCAAGACCCGGGCAGACCUCAUUUGUGGCGGGCUCGCCCUCUUGCAGCCUCUUGAACAAUACAAGUCUCGAGGGAGGGCGCGGAUCAGACUACCGACAACCACUGGCACUGGCUUUAGCGAGCAGGCCGCCCAGGUGGAAGGAUUUGCGCGACCUCUUUGGUUCAUCGCGAGCGUUCAGGCAUCGCCGUCACACGGGGAACCGUCAUCAUCACAAGCGCGCGGCAUCAGCCUGGAGUCGUGGAUCACUGGCCUGAAAAAUGGAACAGAUCCUAAUUCCCCAGAGUUCUGGGGCAGCGUCGGUGACUUUGACCAGCGAAUGGUGGAGAUGGAGUCUGUGGCUUAUGCCCUCUUGAUUGCACCUGAUGCCUUUGGGCUGGCGGACGACGCGGCUGCAAAGGCCAACCUUAUCACCUGGCUGCGAUCCAUCAAUUCCAGGGACAUGUCGGAGAAUAAUUGGCGAUGGUUCCGGGUCUUUGUGAAUCUUGCCCUGACUCGGAGUCUUGGGGUUCCUGUCGACGAAGUCGAGCAGCAGAUUCAGCAUGACUUGGAAAUCCUGGACACCUUCUACCUCGGUGAUGGUUGGUCCAGCGACGGCAAAUGGGGAAGCGCCCGGAAGCAAGCAGAUUAUUACUCUGGCAGUUUUGCCAUCCAAUUUGCGCAGCUGCUCUACGUCAGGCUCGCACCGGACUGGGACCCCGAUAGGACGGCGAAAUACAAGGACCAGGCAAGGCAGUUUGGUAAAGAGUUCUGGAGAUACUUCAACGCCGAAGGCGCGGCGAUCCCGUUCGGACGUAGCAUGACCUAUAGAUUCGCCAUGGCAGCCUUUUGGGCAGCUGCGGCCUUGGCCGAGAUUGAACUCCCGGCGCCGUUGGACAACCUAGGUGUUGUGAAAGGCAUGCUCUUGCGCAAUUUACGAUGGUGGUCUCAGAAGCCUGACAUUUUCAAUGUCGAUGGAUCGUUAAAUAUCGGUUAUACGUACCCGAAUAUGUAUAUGUCCGAGGAUUACAACUCGCCGCAGUCAGUCUACUGGUGCCUCAAGGCGUUCGUUGUUGCGGCACUUCCGCAGGAUCAUCAAUUCUGGACAAUUGAUGAAGCGCCUUUUCCGACCAAUUCAUCAUCUCGUCCCGACGACUUGGCUCUCCUGAAUCAACCCCGGCACAUCUUGUGCAACACGGCAGAGCAUCACUUUCUCCUCUCCUCUGGUCAGGCCACGCGGAGUAACCACAAGGGUAGGGAGGCCAAGUACGGUAAAUUCGCCUAUUCGUCUGCCUUUGGCUUCAGUGUCCCUGUUGGCCGGCUCUUGGAGCAGACUGCCCCUGAUAGCACGCUGGCUCUUAGUCUGGAUGAUGGUGAAACGUGGGUAACUCAUUGGGAACCAUAUGACCUCCGAAUCGGCUCUGCGAAUGUUGGGGAUGAGAGCGUUCCAACCUUGCUCAGUACCUGGCGGCCGUUUAGGAUUUUUGACGUGGAGAUACGCACGACCCUCAUCCCCCCGGUUCAGAAAUUCCCAGGCUGGCAUCUGAGGGUACACGAGGUUCUUUGCACUCGCCCACUGAGCGGUGGUGGGCUUGUGCAAAAGUUACAGCUUAUCGACAGUGGCUUCUCUAUCUCAGCCGAGACGUCAGAAGGCUUGUGUAUAUACGAGAGACCUUAUAACUCCAGCAUUGACGGCGAAAGACUAGGAGCAGGGGUCGAAGGCUGGUGGGAAACGGAAACCAGUUCUCUCAUAAUAUCAGAAUCUGGUGCAAGUGGUGUCGUCGACCUGACAAAGGAACCUUCUUUUAGCAGCUCAAAAUUGGUACCACACGUGGAUGUGGAAACAAGGGGCAUGGUGAUCAAGCCGCACGCUAACACUAAUCUGAUGAUUCAGCGGACGCUCAUUCCGUCGAUACGCCAUAUCGUCGACUUGGAGGGAGGUUCUAGAUGGAAGCAAUCAGGCACUACGGACUCGAGGGAGUCUUAUUCCGUCACUAUUGUCACAGGUAUUUUCGCGAUGGAAAAAUCAGCGUGCCACCUUGGUAAGACUUUGCAGGACAAAUGGGGGACUCCUCCUACAGGAAUUUCUACAGUGUAA